AUGUCAAUGAGAGAUUUCUCUAUCAUCAAUAAAAUUGGUGAUGGAGCUUACAGUGUAGUCUACAAAGUAAAAAGAUUAUCAGAUGGCCAAGAAUAUGCAUUAAAAAAGGUUAAAAUGGGAUCACUCUCAGACAAAGAAAAGCAAAAUGCUCUUAAUGAAGUCCGAAUAUUAGCAUCGAUUAAUCAUCACAAUAUUGUUGGGUAUAAAGAAGCAUUUUUCGAGGAUGCUUCAUCAUCUCUGUGUUUAGUGAUGGAGUUUGCAAACGAUGGAGAUCUAUACCAGAAGAUCUUGAAUCAUUAGAAGCAUGGUACAAAUAUGGAUGAAAGCUUUAUUUGGUCAGUUUUAAUUCAGAUGAUCAAAGGGUUGAAGAUACUACAUUAAAUGAAGAUAUUUCACAGGGACCUAAAAUGUGCCAAUGUAUUCUUAAACAAGGAUGGAAAUGCUAAACUAGGUGAUCUUAAUGUUUCUAAGGUUGCUAAAAAAGGUCUGCUUUAUACUUAAACUGGUACACCUUAUUAUGCUAGUCCUGAGGUAUGGAAAGAUCAGCCUUAUGAUAGUAAAAGUGAUAUAUGGAGUGUGGGUUGUGUGCUAUAUGAAAUGACUACUUUAAAGCCACCAUUUAGAGCAUAGGAUAUGAAUGGUCUGUAUAAAAGAGUACUUAAAGGAGUAUAUCCUAAAAUACCAACAAGUUACUCAAAUGAUCUAGGUGUCAUGAUAAAAACAUUAUUGUAAGUGCAGCCAAAUACAAGACCUACCUGUGAAUAAAUUUUAUCAAUGGAUAUCGUUAAGAAAAGACUUAAUUUAGUAAAGAAUCCUAACCCUUUAAUGACUACCUAAGAGCAUGAGCUUAAUUUAGAGAAUUUAAAUCUACUCAAUACAAUAAAAGUACCGAGGAAUUUAGCAUAAUUGACAAAAAAUUUACCAAGGUCUAACUAUAUAUCGACUAGAGAGAGUAAGUUUGUUGGUUAACAUAAUUAAUCUGUACGAUUACCAAGCGAACCUAUUAACUUACAUUCUGGCAAUAGACUCCUUCCAUAAAUAAAUUCAAUGAAAGAAAUAAGAGCUAACAAUGAGGCUUUAACAUUAAAUAAUAUGGAUCGAUCAGAUAUUGUGAUUGAAAGAUAAAAUCAAAAAGCUUUGAUUAACAAAUAUAAACCACUAGCAAUGUCAGUGGCAGAUCCAGUAAAGGAUCUUAAAACUUCAUAGAAUAGAAACUUAGAAAUGAUCCCAGAGAAGGAUUAUGAGAGAUUCAGAAAGCAGGUAGACACGACUCCUAUAUCCCGUGAGUAAAUAUAGAGAUAGGGAGCUUAAGUGAAUUCAAGACACUAUAACAUUUCAAACAAUGAUAAAAACAAUAGCAAUGGAUCGAUGAAAGAAGAUUUCUUAUAAGAUCUAAGAUUACCAUAACUAUCAAAUGGUAGCAUUCUAAGCUUAGGUUUAGGGUCUGGCUCAAAAGCAUAAAGAGUGGUUGAUAAAUAGAGACUGCAGUAGUAUGAGAUGGAAAAAAGAUAGAACUAGCAAAGAAGGCACCUAGAAAACGUUUAUGGAAGAUCUUCUGAAUCAACAAACGUUGCAAAUAGUUAUAAUUAUCACUCGAAUUUGCAGAGCAUGCCUCCUCCAAUGGAUAGAAACAGUCUACUAACGAAUCAAUAAAACAACUUAAGAGAAAAUGACUAAUCCGCAUUAGGUAAUCAUAGUCAUAUUAAAUCAAGUGGAAAAGUAAAAAUAAACUAUGAAAGGGUUAAUCCAAGUAAAUAUGGAUAUAACCUUCCUUAAGAAUACAAAGUUCAACCACCAGUAAUAAGCACUCAUAAUGAGAGAGGUACCUCUAAUAAUAUUAGUAAGCCAACCUGGUGGGGAUGA